AAGCGACCGGAGACAGUUUUGAGGAGUCUUGGGAUGUGAGGAAGCGGGACACAGCUGCAGAAGUAUUGGCCAAGGAUUUUGGCUCCCUUGAGUAUGCAAGAGAAACCGACACGGAUUAAUGUUAUACCUGGCUGCCUCCACAGCUGGUCUGAUCACAAAAUAUGGGCAAAGAAUAAUUAUUGGAGGUUCUUUUGACUGCCAUAUACAUUGAGACCAUCAUUCCACAGUGACCUGUCCAUAUUUUCAUUCGUUCUGCCCCACCCGCUGUUGACACCCUUGGCCUGGACGGGAAUUUGCAGGCAGAAGAUGGCCAAGGAAAGGUGCCAGAAAAAGUCUUUUCAAGAUAGUCUUGAAGACAUAAAGAAACGAAUGAAAGAAAAAAGGAAUAAAAACUUGGCAGAGAUUGGCAGACGCAGGUCCUUUAUACCUGCACCAUGCCAAGUGAUUACCAACACUUGUACACUGCUGAAAAAUUACCAAGACAACAACAAAAUGUUAGUUUUAGCUUUGGAAAAUGAAAAAUCCAAAGUGAGAGAAGCCCAAGAUAUCAUCCUACAGCUAAGAAAAGAAUGUUACUACCUUGCAUGUCAGGUAUAUGCACUGAAAGAAAAACUUACUUCACAACAAACAGAAGAUACUGCUCAGAACCAGGAAGUAUGUCUCUCAGGAAUGGACUCCAAUAAUGAUGACAACCCCAGGGAUUUAUUUGCAAAGGAUUUACCGCAAGUUCCUUUUCAAGAAACUGACCUUCCAGGACAAGAAGAAUCAUCCCAAAUAGAAGAGCAAAUACUUUCUACUCUUCAAGACACAGUGGGACCUGAUUUUGAUUCAAGGGAAGCUAAGUCUACUGCUAAUGUCUUACCUAGAACUGUAUCUCUCCGUCGCCAUGUAAAGGAACAUUUCAACAGUUUAAGUCAUUUUGAUACAUUGGAUAAUUUUGAAACUAGUUAUUUGCAAGAGCAGUCUUUUGAACUAGAAAGAAUCAGACAUGUAGACCCAGUAGUAAAUAUGCACUUAACAAAAAAUGAAGAAAAAAAUGUCUGUCAAUGGAACAAAGACAAAAUUAAUUUAUCACCAAGGGUGAUUCAACCAGGAAAGUUUACCAAAAUGAAAGAAGUCAUUUUAGAAUCUAAAUCUGAAAAAAAAAGUCAGCAUAGAGGUAUACGAGUAAGAAAAAAAGAAGAGAAAAGAAAAACUAACAGAAAAUCUAAGCCUACAUCAAAGUAUAAAGAGAACAAAAGUGAAAAUCAAAAAACUGUUUGCUCCCAAAAAUUGGAUGAAUCUAUCAGUUCCAGUGAUGCUUACAAUUUUAAUUUGGAAGAGGGUAUUCAUCUCACUCCUUUCCGACAAAAAACUAACACUGAUUCUAAUAGAGAAGAAAACAACAGGAAAUCUGAAGUGAGCAUCUUUGAAUCCAGCAGUUCUGGAGACGAUUCUGAUGAUCUCUAUGUGCCCCACUGCAAGAAUACUCAGAAUCUCACAAGCACAUCAGGUAGACCAGUCACCCGGCCUCGAUCUAAAAGAGCGCUAAACUACACAAAUGAACAAGAGGUGGAGGAUUCUAAGCCAACAAAAACUCCUACCAGUGUACCACCUAAGACUCACCCAUCACCUCCAUCACCUCACCGUAGCCUGAAGGAUAUCACCAAUGUUCCCUUGUUUCCCGAAAUAAAAAUCAGGAGACUUUCUCUCUCUCCAGAAAAGAAUAAAGAAAGCACAGCCACGUGUCUGCCUAAGCGCAGAUGCACAAGCAGUGUGAACUACAAGGAGCCGACGCUUGCCUCGAAGCUAAGAAGAGGAGACCCUUUCACAGAUUUGUGUUUCUUGAAUUCUCCUAUUUUCAAGCAGAAGAAGAAUUUGAGACAUUCUAAAAAAAGCAUAAAGCAAAUACAGUAAAUGUCUUUUUGGAUGCUGCUUAAAUUUGUGCUACAUCCUUUUCUGUUGCUCCAAUAGACUGUCAGCUGGCCCACAAGUGGAUGGAACUGUUGCCAUAGAAUAUUCUCUUAACAGGGCCCUAGAUCGUGAACAUUUCUUCCAAACCAUGAUUUAUAAUUGUUUAGUUUUCUUAUACUACCUAAACCCUUUGAUUUUAUUCAAAGUAUAUCUUAUACCAACAUUUUGGAAAUUAUAAUCUUCUGGCAUCUUUUAUUUUUUCCCUUAAGUGGGGGAUACUAGAGUAUUUUUUUACAUAGGAUGAAGUUUUUUUGGUACUCCUUAUGUAAUUGUUGAGUAAGUAAAUCCUUGACAUUUGUAGAUGACCCUAAGGUUAUGGAUCCUUCAUAUUACUGUUGUAUUUGAUUCUUCACGUGAAAUGUUUACAGAAUCACAAUUCAGAGAAUCAAUGAAUGCUCGGGCUUAUGGACUAGUUGAGGGAACAGUUAUGAACCCUGAGUAAUAUCAUAUUGGAAAAACCAUAAGGUCCUCUGUCAUGGACUCUCAGAACUCCCUACUUAGGCAAAAAUCUCAAAUAUUAAAUAUGUGAAUACUAAGCUUUUCUGUUUUUGAUCAGCCAGUGAGAGGAAAUGUGUUCAAUUCAGUGUUUGACAUCUAUCUUCGUAUGUACCACUUUAAACUUUUUUAAAUC